GUGAGAGAGUGGUGUUAUCUUAAGAGUCACAGAGAAUGUUGUGGUCACUUGCUGACCCUCAGAUGUGGGUUUCAGUGAAACAGAUUCUGAAACAGAAACCUUCUAACGUAGCACUUGAGAAGAAAGAGCAGGUCACUUGGCUGGAAGAGCUGUUAUUGGCCAGAGCAAGAGUAAACUCCAAGUUCCUUCCUGGUGCUGCCCAGAGUUUCUUGAAGAUCAGCUGGCUUCUAGAAGAUGAGGAGAAGAACGCAGGCUUUGACCACAAGGAGGAGCAUCCAGCAGAUAUUUCAAACACAGUUCAUGCCCUGGAAAAGUACGCUCCAGGAGAGGGAAGUAAAACCAGUGGAUCCAGACCUGAAAUUCUCAGAGGCUGAAAAUGGUGUGGAGGAGAAAAAGAAAGUCUGCAAGUCGCCAACAGCCCCCUGCUCUUCCCCAUCCUUGGAGACUGAGUCCCCAGACCAGAAGAAAAUCAUUGGCCUGUGGUCAAAAUCCAGUUUUGAUGGUGGCUCUUUAGCAGGUGAUAAGAACGACUGUAAAACAGAAAGCAAAAAUGAUUCGAAGACUGAAAGGAAAAAGUCUUCUUCUUCCAGUCAGUACAAGGCAAAUAUGCACUUUCACAAGUUGUUUCUUGAUGUCCCCACUGAGGAGCCACUGAGGCAGAGCUUUACCUGUGCCCUACAGAAAGAAAUACUCUACCAGGGAAAGCUCUUCGUAUCCGAAAACUGGAUCUGUUUCCAUUCCAAAGUCUUCGGAAAAGACACUAAGAUCUCUAUUCCGGCUUUCUCGGUAACUCUCAUAAAGAAAACCAAAACUGCUCUCCUGGUGCCAAAUGCCCUGAUUAUAGCAACAGUCACAGACAGGUACAUUUUUGUCUCCUUACUCUCCAGAGAUUCAACUUACAAACUACUCAAAUCUGUGUGUGGACACUUAGAUAACACAAGUGUUGGUAACAGUCCCAAUCCAUCUUCUGCUGAAAACAGUUUCCGGGCAGACCGCCCUUCAUCUCUGCCUCUGGACUUCAAUGAUGAAUUCUCAGAUCUGGAUGGAGUGGUUCGACAAAGAAGGGAAGACAUGGAAGGAUACAGCAGUUCUGGUUCUCAGACUCCUGAAUCUGAGAACUCGCGAGAUUUCCAUGUGACAGAAUCCCAGACAGUUCUGAAUGUCUCUAAGGGGGAAACAAAACCAGCUCGUGCAGAUGCACAUGUGAACAGAGUGCCUGAUGGAAAAGCCAAGACCCUCUCUUUGCAUGGUCAGUCAGAAACCACUGGACCCUCACCUAAAGUCAAGUCUCAGAAGUGCCCGACUCUCCACCACAUUCUUAUAUUCUACGCGAUUGUUGUCUGUGCUCUAAUCAUCUCAACCUUCUACAUGAGAUACAGAAUCAAUUCUCUGGAGGAGCGGCUGGGCUCCCUGACCUCUGCGGUGGACUCCCAUAAUACUGAACAGACGGCACCAUCCGGCCUGGGGUCGCAAGUCCAGUUAAAUGUGGAAGUCCUGUGCCAAGAGCUUACAGCUAACAUCGUGAAACUAGAAAAGAUACAAAACAACUUACAAAAACUGCUUGAGAAUGGUGACUGACCGACCACGCGGCUUGGGCAGACCUAAUACCUCAUGUUUCCCUUUGAAGAAGGUGCUCCCUGCGGCGUUCUGGUUGAGUGCUUCCUGCUUGGUCAGAGACGCCAGCAUCUGGGGAUCCAGGCGUGUUUGCAUCUGGAGGUCUCCAGCUCAGAAAAGGGGGAAAGGGGAAUAAUUUUGGUUCUCGUGCAAUAAAAGUUGACCUUGACUCUCUGAGAAAGUUUUUGCUGCUGCUGCCUGAAGAAAACAGACCCGUUUCUAGAGGUCUCAGGAGGAGCUUAGUGGAUGCCCUUGGAUGAUCGUGCUGGUGUCAGCAACACUCCGCCCGUGUCUCUGCAGUCCCUCCCAUCCUCCUUUUCUCUCCCUUCCACACGUGUCUCAACCAGCCUUUAAACUAAGAGGAGUGGCGUACACCAAGGAACUCAACGUGGUCCUUCAAAGGCUCAUGAGUCUCCUACAAGGCUCUGAAUGGACAGGCUGGCUUCAGAUACGUAACAGCUACAUUUGUUCAUCUUGUUUGUUUGUUUCUCCCGCUGUUAUUCUGAUUUAAAUGCCCUGUGUAUUUUACCUUCUCUGUUCAGUUUUGGGAAGAAUACAAGGCAAAGUGGCUUAAACUAUUCCACUGUUUUUCGUUCUGUUUUGUUCGCGUACUUAAUUGGAGUGAUUCUUUUCCCACUUCAGGUUAGGAAUUUGAGGCACGGGACUGAAGUACUCAAACUUACACUGAAACUUAAGCUAAUCUUUAAACCAAAAGGUAUACUAAUGAUUCAGUAUAGGAUGAGAAACUGGAUUUUUAAGGUUGUAGGUGGACUAUGUUAGCAGUUCUGAAACAAUAUACCGAGUACUGAAACCCAUUUCAGCAUAACAGUGAUACGUUUUUCUCCUUUGCUGACUACAAUAAAGAAAUAAUGGUGGUUUACUAACUUUAUUUACCAUAUGGGUUGGCUGGGUUUUAUUAAUAAUCACUUAGGGUACCAUAAGAGCUAUAAAUAUAGAAGAUACUGUUUCUGUCUACAAUGCCUUUUAUAAUCAUUUCUGUGAAAUGUAUUUUGUUUCAUCUGAUAAGCUAAUAAGUGAAUUGGUUACAUCAUUUGCAUUUGUUAGCCUCCUGGACAACUGUGCCUGGCACCCCACGGCUUUUAAUAAAUACUCAUGGGUUCAAUGCCCCGCUAACA